AUGGAAAUUACUUAUAAAAGCGCCGGUGAAGGUAUAUUCGUAUACUGCAUCGACACUGGCAUUGCGACGGACCAUCCCGAUUUCGAGGGCCGCGCUGAGUUUGGUGCCAGCUUCGUCGACGGGGAGGGAGAAGGCGACGGUAACGGCCAUGGCACUCACAGUGCUGGAACCAUUGGCUCUAAAACCUGGGGUGUUGCAAAGAAGACCAGAUUGAUUGCGGUCAAGGUGCUUGGCGCUAGCGGAUCUGGUUCUACAAGUAGUGUUAUCGAGGGAAUGCAAUGGGCUCUUCACGAUGCUACUGAUAAAAGACGUAUUGGGAGGUCAGUUGCCAACUUGUCCCUCGGAAAUUUUAACCUACUAGGCCUGCUGGGGGGAGCUUUAAACGACGCAGCCGCUGCCAUGGUCGCCGGCGGCAUGUUCCUCGCUGUAGCCGCUGGUAAUGAUGGCUUGCCUGCAUCCCUUUCAUCCCCCGCCUCUGAGCCGACCGUGUGCACCGUCGGAGCCACCGAUAAUAAGGAUGCGCGUGCUAAUUUCUCAAACUGGGGCAAUCUGGUCGAUGUCUUUGCCCCGGGCGUCGACGUUACAUCAACUUGGAACGACCUCGGCACCAACACCAUCUCCGGUACUUCGAUGGCCGCGCCUCAUGUCGCUGGCCUUGGUGCAUACCUUUUGGCUCUCGAGGGCGCCAUGGAUCCUAUCGCCCUCUGCAAACGUAUACAGAAGCUCGCCACACCGAAAGUUGUAUCUUUAGCUCUAUCACCUAAUAACCUCCUCGCUUUCAAUGGUGUCUCGCUAUAA